UGUGUGGAAGAACCUGUCUUCAAUAUACAGUACUUUGCAUCCCUCAAGUGCUUCCAUUAUUUUGGCAGUUACCUGUAUGUAGCAACAAUGUGUUUCUACACUGUAAUUACAUAGGUACUACCAUGCAAAUGCAUAUCCUAGGUAUUAGCAUUACUGAAUGUAAACUCUCAAACUACGUUUUUCAUUAUUUCCCUGAAUAGAUGGAAAUAUGUCUUGUGAUCUGUCUGUAAUAUACCAUGUGUGGAGAAACUCCUUCCAGUCCCAGUAGAUCUCAAUAGGCCUCAGUGUUGCUCCUCAGUCUCAAGCAAACUCAUGCACUGAUAGCACUGGUAUUGUCUCUGUGCUUUGUCCUUGCUGUGAGAUCAACCCUGAGAUGACACACUUGUCUUCAGGUUGCCUUGACAGCAGAACAACCACCACCAUUUGGAGAUAUUGACACCUUCAGUGUGAAUUCCAGAUUGGAAUAUUUUGGAAAGUCUGUUCCUCCUGUCACGAUAAUGAUACUAACAACAAAUGGUUUCAACAACAAAGUUCCAAUACCACAGUCAUGCACACAGUCACAGGGACAGAUCAAACACACAUAAGCCCAAAAAGAAAAACACACACCUGCAUUCUCUGUAUGGAGCUAGCAAGACUCGAGACUGGUCUCUCAGCAGUCUCUUUGCUGAAGAUAAAAUAGGUUUACACAUAUCCCCCAGCACGCUGCUGUGUUUAUUACUGUAACUGGGAAUUUUUCCCAUCAGCCUACAGCUGACCUGGCCAUACUUCCUGUUCCUCUGUCCCUGCUUCCUGUUCAGUGGCCUGAUGGGUAACCUCUAGAUAACACCACCUUCUUCCCCCUGGCUCAGCCAGCUGCUUCCACUGCAUGGAGGUCUGCAUUUCCCGAUGUCCACCAGGUGUUGUUCAUGGUCGAGUCAGACCCAGUAGAGUGGCACUGUGUGGGUGUGGGCAUGGGGACAGCCAGAGUGAGCGCUGCUCUGGUCACCAGGGAGGGACAGAUGAAGACUACUGCAGAGGAGCCUGUCACCAUCUGGGAGCCUCACUCAGACCAUUAUGUCCAGUCAUCCACUGACAUCUGGUCUAAGGGCUGUAGCACAGUUAGGGGUGUUUCAGAUCAGUCAGGAGCCCCUGAUUGUCCUGGGGGUGUGGAGACCCUACCUGUCCGCCAUGGUGCCUGACCUGUGGCUCAACGAGGGAGGACAGAGUGCUACUGGAAGACUAGUCAGUUCAGCUCUGCGCCGCCUGGGUCCUGCUAGAUCAGGCUUAUUCAACUACAGGCCCUUGGCCCUGCAGAGCUGCUGUUUUGCUGGGGUUUUCUCUUCUCCAUACCUGAUCCUGCGUCCCCAGCUGCACCAUCGAGAACAUCCUGACUGGUUGCAUCCCCUCCUGGUAUGGAAACUGCUCGGCAUAUAACCGCAAGGCCUAACAGAGGGCAGUGUAUAUGGCCCAGUACAUCACUGGGGCCAAGCUUCCUGUCAUCCAGGACCUACAGUGCCUUGCAAAAGUAU